AUAAUGCAAUUCAAUAUGAAUAAUCAAAGUUUCGAGGAGAUGUGGAAUAAUUGCAGCACAACAGAGCAGUCGGAGCAAGAUGAGCAGAUCUUUGCGUCGAUGGAGCCCCAUCGUGUGCGCUUCGCGAUGACCUCGAGGAGCGACAAGCGCAUGGCCAUGGUCUACAGGAGGCUGCACGCCUCGAACGCGGUCGAGGCCAGCAACAGUAUGGAGAUGAUCUACACGAGGACGAUCUGCAGGAUGUGCCUGAUGCCGGUCCAAGUCUGUCGCACCUACGGCUACAAUCUGAAGCGAUAUGAUUUGGAGCAGGAGGAGGACGACAAAGACGCCUACGAUCGCCGCCUAAGGAAAUAUCUUAUGAUGCAGAAGUGA